AUCUUGAAUCGUUGAAAUCCCCGUCUAUUUAUAUACAGGCAACUCUACAAGCCAACUAGAACCAUCAAGGGUCCUGUAGAGACGACUAAGGAGGAACGAGCUGAAAAAAGAGCGCAAACGCAAAGCAGAAGACAGUAAACUAGCUAAACAUUUCUCGUUAUCGAGCCUAGUGUUUGUAUAUGUAAGGAGUGUUAAUCGUAGUCAAGAUUUAUAGUACACUAGUAAUAGUUGCGGUCUUUCUGUGAGGAUAAUGGCUCCAACUAUUCAGACACAAGCUCAGCGAGAAGACGGUCACAGGAGUUCCUCUCAUAGAACGGUCCCAGAAAGAUCUGGAGUCGUCUGUCGGGUUAAGUACUGCAACAGCUUACCUGACAUCCCAUUUGACCCUAAAUUCAUCACAUACCCCUUUGACCAGCACAGGUUUGUGCAGUAUAAGGCCACCUCGUUAGAAAAGCAGCACAAACAUGAACUGCUGACAGAGCCAGACCUUGGAGUCACCAUUGACCUAAUCAACCCAGACACCUACCGUAUUGACCCCAGCAUUCUCUUAGAUCCAGCUGACGAGAAACUACUGGAGGAGGACAUUCAGGCUCCAUCAAGCUCCAAACGAUCCCAGCAGCAUGCCAAGGUAGUCCCAUGGAUGAGGAAAACGGAGUACAUCUCCACAGAGUUCAACAGAUACGGAGUCUCCAAUGAGAAAGUGGAAGUCAAGAUUGGAGUGUCCGUCAAACAGCAGUUCACCGAGGAGGAAAUCUAUAAGGAUAGGGACAGCCAGAUUUCUGCCAUUGAGAAGACAUUUGAGGAUGCACAAAAAUCGGUCACCCAGCACUACAGUAAACCCAGAGUCACUCCUGUUGAGGUGCUUCCAGUGUUCCCUGACUUUAAGAUGUGGAUCAACCCAUGUGCCCAAGUCAUCUUUGACUCGGAUCCUGCACCCAAAGACAUGGCCGGACCUGCUGGUGUGGACAUGAUGUCACAAGCCAUGAUUAGAGGUAUGAUGGACGAGGAAGGAAAUCAGUUUGUGGCCUACUUCCUACCAAACGAAGAAACACUUCGCAAGCGCAAGAGAGAUGUGGACGAAGAAUUGGACUACAUGCCUGAAGACCUGUAUGACUACAAGAUAGCCAGGGAGUACAACUGGAACGUGAAGAACAAGGCCAGCAAGGGCUACGAGGAGAACUAUUUCUUCAUCUUCAGAGAUGGGGAUGGAGUCUACUACAACGAGCUGGAGACGAGAGUGCGUCUGAGCAAGAGAAGGGCCAAGGCUGGAGCCCAGUCCACCACAAACGCCGUGCUGGUGUGUAAGCACAGAGACAUGAACGAGAAGGAGCUGGAAGCCCAGGAUGCCCGCAAGGCCCAGCUGGAGAACCACGAGCCAGAGGACGAGGAGGACCUGGAUCUGGAUAAAGACCUGCAGGACUCGGGUGACGAGAAGGAGAAAGGCAGUGACAGCGAAGGAGACAACUCGGAGAGCGAGUCUGAGCGAGAGGAGGAGGAGGCGCCGGCGGAGCGCAGGGACGAGGAGGAGGAGGAGGAGGAGGAGGGGGAGGGAGCCAAGCGGAGGAGGAAGACCAGCGCCAGCGGCAGCGAGAGCGGCGAGGAGAGGACACGGGAGAUGAGGGACGAAGAGGAGAUCUUUGGCAGCGACGACGACAGCGAGGACAACGAGGCCAAGGGCGGCGCGCGCAGCAGCGGCGAGGAGGGCAGCGGGAGCGAGGACGAAGGGGAGAGGGGGCGGAGGAGGAGCGGCAGUGCGACUCCCGCCCACAGCAGCGCCAGCGGCAGCCCUCACUCUGGGGGCGGGGCUCAGAGCGGAAGUGGCAGCGAGCAGGGCUCAGACUCCAGUGAUGGCAGCGACAGUGAAUAGGGCCGCCGGACCGGUACCAGUACUCAUCCCACGUCUCAUCCCUAUGCUCCAGGCGGGCGAUUUCUCAGAGCCACAAAUGUAAUAUAUCCGGCUCGUCCCUUUUUAAACGGCACAGUCUGGGAACAGAAUCUCUGUCUCGUUGAUGAUGCCUGUCUGCUUGACAGAGGGGAUGCACUACUUGUACACUGUAGUUUAGUGUAUGGUUCAAAUAUGUACACAAGUUUUUUUUCUGUUGGGAUCUCAUGCCUAACCCUGUUGAAUUUCAGUUUGUUUCCAUGUCCUCUCACCAUUAGAGGGUUGCAUUAUGUCUUUGAAAAUGGACAAUAAAAUGCAGCGCUAUGUUAUAAUGCAGUGUUGCAUUUUAUAGGCUUUUAUGUCAUUUUUUUGCAGAUAGUGAAUACAUCAAUGGACAUGUCAAUUAUGAACAUGUAGACUUUGUAAAUAAAUUGUAGUUGCUGAUUUUAUAAAA